AUGUCUGAUUGGGUCUCUACAUUUCCUGGUGUCAAGCAGGCUCUAACUUCAGGAAAAAAGUUUUUCGGCAGAGUAAUACAAACUGGACCAGUUCCUAAACAUGUUGGGCUCAUAAUGGAUGGAAAUAGAAGAUACGCUCGAAAUCACAAGAUAGAAAUCAAGGAAGGACACAGUUUGGGAUUCAAUACAAUGGCCAGUAUUCUAGAGUUACUUUACGAAUGUGGUGUCGAAGUAGCAACAGUUUAUGCCUUUUCAAUUGAGAAUUUCAAUAGGACAAGUUAUGAGAUCAAGUGGUUGAUGGACUUGGCCAAAUCAAAAUUCACCCAAAUAAAUCAACAUGGGGCCAUUUGUGAGGAGUAUGGAGUACGAAUAAAGUUGGUUGGUAAUUUGAAACUACUACCAGUUGACGUAUUGCAGAUUUUACAUGAAACAGAAGAAAUUACUAAAAACAACACAAGGGCAACCUUGAAUGUUUGUUUCCCUUACACGUCAAGGGACGAAAUGACUCAUGCAAUCAAGGGCAUUGUAAGUGAGAGUGCCAAAGAGCGGAUAAUCGUCAAUGAAGAUACGUUAGCACGUCACCUAUACACUGGAAGUCAGCCACCGUUGGACCUUUUGGUGAGAACUUCAGGCACAUACAGGCUAUCAGAUUUCUUAUUAUGGCAGUGUGUGUCUCCGGAUUGUUCUAUUGUGUUUGUUGACCAAUUGUGGCCCGAGUUUAAACCUUGGCACAUGUUGAAGAUAUUGAUAAAUUGGAGUUUUAACAAGUAUUGGUAUGGCAAUGCAAGUGGGUAUGGGUUGAGCCCAAGGGCACUAAUACAAGAGAAUCAUCACGAUACGGAACUUUUACAGCUGACUGCACAAGUUGGAUUUGAGAGGAGGAGCGAAGCCUCAAAUGACUCUGACACCGAUGCUAGCAGUCACAUGGGAACCGAGGAGGAGACCAUGCCAUCGGAAGAUGAUACCGACAUAAAUACAAAGCUAGCAUAA